AUGCACACGGUGGCCGCUGAUACACGCACGGUCCCCGGGUGCCGCUGGACUACAGCACUCGCUCGGGACCAGCGGGACAUGUACUUGUGUGUGUGCGCGCUCGCGGAGGCUGCUCAGGAGAGACCGGUUUCUCCAGUGGAGCCUGCGCAGCACACAGGGCCGAGGAGGAGAGGGGGGACAGCCACCUCCAAGAGGAAGAACCAGCAGCAGCGGAGGUGUCAGUUGCAGGAGAUGACGCUGAUACGGAGUCAAGUUCAGAGACAGAGCCGAGUGCUGGACCGUCCUCGGCCUCUGGACCGUUCUCGGCUCCGGGACCGUCCUCGGCUCCUGGACCGUCCUCGGCUCCUGGACCGUCCUCUGCUGCUGGUUCUUCCUCUGCUGCCGGUCGUUCCCCUGCUGCUGCACCUACAGGUCCACAAAGGAAGAGAGCGAGGAAGCGCACCACCCAGGACACCUCCGCCCAGGAGCUAUCGCGCUUGGAGCUGGAGCUGA